CCCCACCCCUCCUCCCACGCUCAUGACUAUGCUUCUCGAUAGCGGUCCGCAGUUCGCGUCGCUAGGAGUGGGCGGCUUCGGGGCACCAAGGCACCACGACAUCAGCAACAGGGACGCCGGCCUGCACGGACUCAACCCGUUCAGCGAGUCCUCCCACUCGGCGGCGUUCAAAAUCAGCCCCGUGGGCCACGACAUCGCCUCCGGCCAGACGUCAGCCUUCACCCCGCAAGCCGGCGGCUAUGCCGCGGCCCUGGGACACGCGCACGGCGGCCAGGUGGGCUCGUACGGCGGCGGGGCGUUCAAUACCACGCGGGACUUUCUCUUCCGGAACCGCAGCGUGGGAGAGUCGGCCGCGCCGAGCGCGCAGCACGGGCUGUUCGCGGCGGCUUCGGCCGGGAGCCUCCACGGGCCGCCGGGCAUUUCAGACACCCCGGGACAUCUGCUCUUUCCGGGACUCCACGACCAGGGAGUGAGCCACUCGUCGCCCGGCGGACACGUCGUCAACGGCCAAAUGCAUCUCGGCUUGCGGGGGGACAUUUUCGGGCGAGCCGACCCGUACCGGCCGGUGGCCAGUCCGCGCACGGACCCGUACGGCGCGGCGGCGGCGCAGCUGCACAACUACAACCACCCCAUCAACAUGAACAUGGGCGUGAACGUGCCGAGCCACCACCACCACCACCACCACCACGGCGCGGGGGCUUUCUUCAGGUACAUGCGGCAGCCCAUCAAGCAAGAACUGUCGUGCAAGUGGAUAGACGAGCACCAGAUGAACAGGCCCAAAAAGACGUGCGACAGGACGUUCAGCACCAUGCACGAAAUGGUUACGCACGUGUCCAUGGAGCACGUCGGCGGGCCCGAGCAGAGCAGCCACAUCUGCUUCUGGGAGGACUGCCCUCGGGAGGGGAAGUCCUUUAAGGCCAAGUACAAACUCGUCAACCACAUCCGAGUGCACACGGGCGAGAAACCCUUCCCGUGUCCCUUCCCGGGCUGUGGGAAAAUAUUCGCCCGCUCGGAGAACUUGAAAAUCCACAAAAGAACGCACACGGGUGAGAAGCCGUUCAAGUGUGAAUUCGACGGCUGCGACAGACGCUUCGCCAACAGCAGCGACCGGAAGAAGCACAUGCACGUGCACACGUCGGACAAGCCGUACAUUUGCAAAGUGUGCGACAAGUCCUACACGCACCCCAGCUCUCUCAGGAAACACAUGAAGGUUCACGAGUCCCAAGGGUCGGAAUCGUCCCCGGCUGCCAGUUCUGGAUACGAGUCGUCCACACCCCCGGUUCUGGCCUCGGCCUCCAGCGAAGACCCCACGAAAACGCCCCCGUCGGCCGUGCAAAACACAUCCGGACACAGCGAGGGGCUGGCGCCUAACUUUAACGAAUGGUACGUUUGAGAUGGAGAAGAAGAAGCAGCCGAAUCCCGACGUGGAGGGAGCGCGCGGAUAUGGAUUUAAAAAAACAAAAACAAAAAAAACAAAAAACGACUGAAACCCUUAAAAGACUUUUCCUGACUCCACACACAUAAAUGUACACAUUUACAUAGAAGCAUACACAAACAAAAUGGGACAAGCAGAAGCAAGCGGGCCACGUCCCAGCUCAGGAUUACCCAAAACUGGACUUUUUACUCCGCAGUUUUGGGGGAUUCAAACGAAAAUAAAUGGGAAAAACAGAAUACUUUCUCAGAUUAAGUCAUUGUGCCCCCCGCCCCCCGCCCUUUUAGUUGAAAAACAUUUCAGGAGGGAAAAAAAAAAAAAAAAAGGAUUUAUUUUUCAUUUUAUGUAUUUUCUCAAAAUUUUAUUUAAAAAUAAAAAGAAUAAAAAGGGAGGAUUAUUUCACUCUGUUUUCUUUUUUAUUAUAAAAAAAGGGUGGCAGCAAUUGUUUCGCCUUUUCAAUUGAUUGUUGGAACUUCAGUCUUAAGAAACGUGCCAAAGUCUUUUUUUUUGUCAUGAACUUGAACACAUUUUAAAAGAUUACAAAAAAAAAAAAUUCAUAAAUAAAUAUUAUACUCGUGAAUGUAUUUCCUUGUUUGAUGGGGUCGAAUCUGUUGUCAACGUCCGUUUUUCGGGUGGAGAAAAAAAAACAAUAAUGUGGUAUUAGGUUACGAUUGUUGCCGUUGAUAUAACGUUGCCUUUUGUUAAUAUGCCGUUGUAAAUACAUAUCCAUGAUGCCAUAUUUAUCAAUUUGUAAUUUAAUUAUGGGUAUAAGUUCUGAAACGUUAAAAAAAGUGAUAUUUAUGGAAAUGUUUUUCUAACAACAACUGUACAGUUUGGGCUCAGCUUCACAUAGAGCAAAUGAACAACAACAACAAAAGCUCCAACAUGGCGAUUGUAUCCUUUUGUCUUUUCCUUUCUUUCUUUUCUUUUCUUUUUUAAACCAGUAGGCCUACACGUGUCUUAUUUGCAUCGAAUAAUAAAUACUUUAUAUGGAUAUUAUGGAUUUGUCUAUAUAUGAUGCAAGAUAUUCCCCCAUCACUUCUAUAUUUUCUUUAUGAGACCAUUGACAUGUACAUGUGUGACCUUGUAGGAAGGAGUUGAGCUGAGAAGCUAUAAAACGGUUGUGUGGAUAUCUUUAUUUGGCUUCAAAUUUUGAACUUUGCUUUUGUAUAUUUUACUUUAAUAGAAUCAGACAUAGAUGUCAAUCUGUAGCAUUUAAAAAGAAGAAGAAGAAGAAGAAGAAGAACAAAAAAAGCAGCCUAUUGCACUCUUUGUAUUACAGACGAGUGUGUGCAGAUUUCCAAAUCGAAGUGACAGUUUAUUUCAAAUUGGGAGCCAUGCACCCAAAUAUAUGCGCCAACAAUGGCUUCUUUGUUUUUUUUUUUCUUUGUUUUUUUUUUUUUUUAAAUAGUUCCAGCAAUCUCUU